CGCCUGCAAAGGAAGCGAAGAAGACCGGCGUUGGCAUGCGACGAGUGUAGGAGAAGAAAGGUUAAAUGCGACAGGGCGGUGCCCUGUACCAACUGUGUUCGUCACCAGUGUGCGGAUGUUUGCAGCUACCAUGCUUCGCAUGUACCUAGACGUCGGGUUCCGGACUUGACGCCUCCGGCUGAUCCGGAAUCGGUCUGGCCUCCCCGGGCUGUUGAAGACCUCCAGACCCCUGCCGCAACUUCGGGCUCGUCCAAUCCCGGGGUUGACGGGAGGAGUCCAUCGUCCGCGCUGGAUGCGAACGUGACUUCUCUGAAUGAGAGGAUUCGCGAGCUCGAAGAGCGGCUUUCUCGAGGGCAGGCAAGCGCAGGCCCCGAUGGUUCCGCUCAUGAUGCUGCCCAGCGCACGAUAAAUCGGGGCGCCCCCAAGGGCAUCCUAGCGAAGACAAGAUACUUUGGCGUGAGCCACUGGAUGCACAGCGCCGUAGCCUUACCCCUAAUCAUCGAAGUUAUGCACUCGAAGGAGGAGCAAGGCGAGACACUUUACAGCAGACUUAGCGCCAACAAAAGACUAGGCCGACGUAUAAAAUCUGCUAGAAUGCCUGUGUCUGCUAAUCACAAAUUCAGUCAGAGCAGGCGUGCACCUUGCUCUCGGGAUCUGUGCGACCAACUGGUGGAUAACUACUUUCGCACUUUCGAGACAGUAUAUCGCAUCCUGCACGUGCCAAAAUUCCGCAGGGAGUACGCCAAGUAUUGGGAGGAUCCGACGGCUGUUCGAGAUGUCUUUUUGAUCCAGCUACAGCUUGUGCUCGCCAUCGGAGCCUGCCUGCACGACGAUAUGUUUUCCCUGCGGCACCAGGCUACCGAGUGGUUAUACGAUGCCCAGCAUUGGAUCACGAUGCCAACGCCCACGUUCAAGGCGCGUCUGUCUCUCGAUGCGAUGCAAAGCAUGUGCUUACUGCACAUUGCUCGUGAGACGACUGGCGUUGGCGCAGACUUGACAUGGAUAUCUGCCGGAGAAUUGUUGCGCAACGCCAUAUUCAUGGGCCUACAUCGUGACCCUGACAAACUUUCCAAGAUGCCCACCUAUCGUGCAGAGAUACGACGGAGGCUUUGGGGAACUAUAUUGGAGAUGGCGCUACAAGCGAGCAUAGAUUCGGGUGGACCAGCGUCAAUCUCACUCUCCGACUUCGACACCAAACUUCCGUCCAACUUUGAUGAUGUUCAACUGGACGAUACCGAAGGCGAACCCGCGCUGGAGCCACCCCAGCCUAUGCCCGCCGACCAUUUCACUCAAACAUCUGUCCAAAUCGCGCUCCACAAAUCCUUCCCAACCCGUCUCGCCAUCGCUCAAUAUCUGAAUGACUUCCGCAGCAAUGGGAACUACAGCACGACUCUCCGGCUCAACACGGAAAUGACUGCUGCAUGCCGAACUUUGUCCAUGAUUCUCCGGGCCUUCAGAUCCCGAGACAGCCGUGACUCCCCCGGCAGUGCAACAAACCAGCAUCCUUCAGAGUUCCAGAUUCUCAUGACAGAAUUGAUCACGCAUCGUUACUUCUUGGCCCUCCACAUGCCUUGGCAAACUGCGCUUCAGCGAGAUCCAUCACACUACUUCUCACGAAAGGUAUCGGUUGAGACUGCAAUGAUGCUCCAUCGGUCCUGCUGCAGUGAUGGCGUCUCCGAGGAUGGCCGAGCAGCCGAGUCUGCAGCAAGGGCCGACUUUGUGCGCCUGUCAAUCUGUGGCUCCGGGAUAUACCGAAAUAACAAUUUGCAGAGCACCGUAACUUUGGCUACGGAGCUCAUCUGGCAACUGCGAGAGGAGAAAGCCACGCGAACAGAGGCCGGCUUUGCCGGUGACUUUGUGGGCUCUGGGCUGGAUGCACACUUGCAACCCGGCGGGAUACCACCCAAGACAACUUUUGGCCUCGGUGUAAUGCCCUUUGCCGAUCUCUUGUGUGCCUUGCGCGGGUUUGCUGCCUGGACAGAGCGGCGUAUUCUAGCGGGCGACACCAACACUAAAGGCUUGAUAUUUGUCAACUGUGUUCUGUCACAGGCAGGGUCCAUCCAUAGGGGCGAAUCGGACGAUGAAAUGCGCGCCAGGAGCAUUGCUUCCAUCAAGGAGUCCAUAUCCAAAUGUCACGGCUUGCUCAAGGAAUUGGCUGCCCGGGUAGGUGUCUCAUCCGUGCAAGCCAACGUAACGUCCACACUGAAUGUAAGUGACGCUGGAAAACAAGCCAGUGCAGGCACAAUAGAGGGAAUCACAGCUUCGGCAAGGAACCUUUCAACAUCAGGAGACACAGGCAAUGUCGCCGAUAGUGGCUUCGGCCCUUCGGACAUGGAGAUGACAACGGCGGAAAGCACCCCCCAGGAGAAAUUCGUCGCAUUCGGCGGGAUCGCUGACCUGUCAUUUGACAUGGACGGCAUUUGGGACCUGGGGACUAUGAUGAACGGCCAAGGAUCCGGCCUCAACUUCGACUGGCCUGGCCCGGGAAUGUACAACUAGUAAAUAUUCGGCCUAGUCCGGGUAACAAUGGCUUUUAUCCCUGGUUAAUCACUUAGCGUUCGGUUAUAUAUACUGGAGCGACCUAUUCUCGGAAUACCUGGCUGCUCUUUAUCGAAAUUCUUGCUUCAUGAAAUCGAUCGAGCUAGUUGUAGUCAUUGAGCCUCUCGGCACUUUCCGGGAGCUCCGUGACUCUACGUUUAGGUGGUCUUCGCCUUAUUGGUCUUACUCUGUGUUUUCUUCCCACGUACAGAAUCUCUUGGCAGCCAAUGUUCUGGGGAAUCCGAAAUCAGCCUCUGUUGAUAUAAUCCUGAUUUAGCCGUCAC